AUGAGAAGGCCACGGUGCACAAGAACGAAGGCGAGGCUGGUGAAAUGCGAGGCUAAGAUCAAGGCGUAUGAGAAUGGGAGGCUUCAGAAAAUGCAAGAGCAGGCGGGCAUCAAGGUGGAGAUGAACGGCGAGGCUCCCACCGGGAUCUUGUCUGGGAAAACCAAGGCGAGGAAGGCGAAGACAAGGCUAGAGGCGGUGAACUAUCAGGGGAAGCAGCACACGGGGGCGAAGGAAGCUCUUAAAGCGGCAUCCGAGUUUUACCUGGACCUGUUUACAGCUAAGGCAGGGCCGGGGGGCUUACCGGUGGACUUCAAACUGGAGAGAAGCUUCCCAUCGGAGGAUGCAACGGCGCUACGCGCACCAUGGGAGGAGGAGGAAAUCAAGUGGGCGCUGGCGGAAAUGGCGACUGGAAGCGCAAAGAAGGCAUCUCGGUGUGGACAUUACGGGGCAGGGAAGCUAACGUACCUGGGCUACGCAGACGAUACUACCUUUCUGCUGAAAGGGCGAACGCAGCUUGGCAUGGCGGAAAAGCUGCUCCGGGACUUCGAGCAGAUGUCGGGGCUGGAGGCAAACUGUGACAAAACUGUGGUGAUGCCACUCGGAAGACAGCGGGAUGAGCCGCCGCUGCCGGUCUCUCCCUUCAAAUGGACGGCGGGGGAUGAGCCUGAGCGCCUGCUAGGGGUAUGGAUCACAUCGGGAGGGGACGCAAAGCCAUCGUGGAAAAAGGCACUGCGGAGGAUGGAGACGGAGCUUAAGAAACGGGAAGAGAAAUAUCUUACUAAGACAGCACGUGUAGCGGUGAUCAAUGCGUACGUCAUGCCCAUUGCGCCUUUUCAGGCGCAGGUGUAUCCCCCACCGGACACCAUAUGGGAGGAGCUCCGGAGGCUGUGUCACGCUUUCGUGUCUGGAGGAAGGGCGAGUGUGGGGCCCGGCGGGCUCCUGAUUGAGGAGUCCUCCCUAAGGAGAACCCUAGUGGAGAAGGCGGCACGCCUCCCUCUCGGCUACGUGUCAUUCUAUGCGCAUGAGGCCCUGCUCAAGGCGUGGGGGGGGGGGAGGAGUGAGCGAUGGAAGGCGAUUGCGGCCGUAGUGAUGGCGUCCCCUAUCGCCCGCGACCUGCCAAGCAAAACCAGAUGGGAUGUGGAGAAGGAGCAGGUUGUUCUCAAGUGA